AUGUGCUCCCGUGGGUCCUCCUGCCACAGCCAUGAGACCUCCUGCCACGGCUCCCGCUCCUCCUGCCACGACUCGGAGCCCUCCUGCCAUUACACCAUCCAGAGGGUCUCCGUGCCCAAAUACACCUACAUGACGCCGUGCUGCCCCCCCGUGCAGACCUUCUGCCCCCCAGUGCAGCGUUACUGCCCUCCAAUGAAACCCUGCUGCCCCCCAGUGCAGCGUUACUGCCCUCCAAUACCCAUCUGCCCUCAGUACACCAAGAACAUCUGCAAGCUGCCACCACAAUACCCCAAGUUCUAG